GUACUAUAUAAGCCUCUGCCAGUCCAUUCGACAGGGCAUGCUCACAGUUGAGCCCGUACAGGAGAGGACAAGAUGAGACUGACGGUUGCUGCGAUUGCACUGUGCCUGGUCGCAUUGGCCAGUGCAGCCUACGUUCCCGUUGGGAAACCGGUAACAGGAUCCACAUACGCUGACAAAGAAUUUUUGGUGAAGCAGAAGUUCUUCUUCGAGGUGUUUCGUAACAUCCAUCUACCUCUUAAGUACGAGGAAUACAUCCCAUACACCAAGACAUGGGUAAUCGAUGAAUCUAAAUACACGAACUACAAUGAAGUCACCGAGUUUUUCGAUGAAUAUAAACUUGGCUUUCUAUCAAAGGGAGAAGUUUUCACAAUCUAUAACAAAGAUUACUUGAAGCAAACCUAUCUGUUGUUCAACUUCUUCUACAACAGUGUCGAUUGGGACACCUUCUACAAGAACGUUGUGUGGGCUCGUGAAAACAUUAGCGAGGGAAUGUUCAUCUAUGCCUUGACUAUGGCCGCUUUCCAUCGUCCCGACCUGAAUGGAAUCGUGCUACCAGCAAUCUAUGAGAUCUAUCCGUAUUACUUCUUCAACACCGACGUGGUACAGGAGGCCUUGUAUAAGAAAAUUUAUGAGCCUAAAUUUGGAUUUGCCAGUAAUGGGAAAUAUAAUGUAGUCUACUCCAACUUCACCGCCGUGUACCCGAUAGAUUAUUACGGCGAAGACAAGCUGAGCUACUUCACCGAAGAUAUUGGACUCAACUCCUACUAUUACUAUUUCAUGUUGGAAUACCCAUUCUUCCUGGGAGAGAGCAAAUUCAAUCUGUUCAAGGAUCGUCGUGGAGAGUUGUAUUUAUAUAUGUACCAACAGCUUAUCGCUCGUUACUAUCUAGAGCGUCAAGUUAACUUUUUGGGACCAAUCGAAGAGUUCAGCUGGGAUCAACCUAUAAAGACCGGCUACUACCCAAAACUCAGCUAUUGGAAUGGACUGCCUUUCUAUGGACGUAAUGAUUACUAUUCGGUUCCCAAGGAUCAAUACUACAAGUUUGAUAUUCUUAAGGACUACGAAACCAGAAUCAGGCAGGUGAUUGAUCAGGGCUACAUGUAUCUCGAUGAUGGAACCAAGAUUGACUUCCGUCAACCAGAAUCUGUUGAUUACCUUGGAAACCUAAUCAACGCCAAUCAUGACAGUUAUGAUGCGGAUUAUUACAAGUCCAUCGAAUUAUACGCUCGAUUUUUGUAUAGCGGAUCUGACUACUUCUACAGUGGAUCGAAGGUGUGGCCAAGCGCUUUAAUGCAAUUCGAAACCUCGAUGCGUGAUCCGUUCUUCUACCAGUUGUACUACAAAAUGCUCAGCUACUACUGGCAAUUUAAGAGCUAUUUGCCAUACUAUACCGUCGAUCAGCUGAGCUACAAGGGAGUUGAAAUCAAAAAUGUUGUGUUCGAUAAGUUGAUGACCUACUUUGAGUAUUUCGAUGCCGACAUCAGUAACGUAAUUCCAAUGAGCUUUUCUUCGGACAAGUUCUUCGAUUUUUCAGUCUUAGCUCGCCAGAAACGCAUCAACCACAAGCCAUUCACCUAUACCAUGGACAUCUCUUCCGAAUACGCUGGUAAGGGUGUGGUUCGACUAUAUAUGGGACCGAAAUUCUACGACUUUAAUCAACUGCAGUACCUCAAGAAAUAUUUCGUUGAGGUCGAUCAGUACGUGUAUGACUUCGUUGUUGGCAAAAAUACCAUUGUCCGUAAUUCUCGUGAUUACUACUGGAGCGUUCGCGACCGCACCACUUACAGUGAUCUGUACAAGAAGAUCAUGACGGCGUACAACGGACAAGACAACUUUGUUCUGGAUAUGUCUGAGGCGCACUGUGGAUUCCCUGAUCGACUUUUGCUACCGAAGGGCCUUCCAAGCGGCUACGAGUUGACGUUCUACUUCAUUGUGACCCCAUACUAUGCGCCUAAGGUGGAGCAGUUCUCCACCUAUGACUAUACCUACAGCUGUGGAGUCGGAUCUGGAUCGAAGUACGUGGAUGACUUGCCAUUCGGGUUCCCAUUCGACCGUGAAAUCAACUUCUCCUACUUCUUCACCAAGAAUAUGUACUUCAAGGAUGUGCUUGUUUAUCAUACUGAUGAUAUGAAGCUUAAUAAAACGUUCUGAAAAGGAAGUGUAACUAUAUGAAAAGCAAUAAAGUACAAUAGAUUCAUUUGAA